AUGCAUGACCAAUUUGAGCUCGCAUACAACCUGAGAGUGGGAUGUGACCUUGGGAUAAAGACGAUCGAAAUUAGUGGACACGAUGCGAGGAUCAUUAUUUGGGAUAUUGCCGGUCAUGAACGUUUUCACACCAUAACAGCAAGGUAUUAUCGCGACGUGGAGGCCAUUGCGCUCGUCUACGAUAUCACCUCACGCCAAUCAUAUAGGAAUCUUGCCUAUAAAGUCAAAAAUAUCCACACUCUGGCACGACCGGACACGACGGUCGUGCUCAUAGGAACCAAGGCGGACUGUGAACCCCUCCGACAAGUCUCGUCAGAUGAGGGACGAAUGUUCGCUGCAGAACACGGCAAGACUUUUCUAGAGACUUCAGCGCUCGAGACCGAAAGCGAUAGGGAUAACGUACAUACGGAGUUUAUGACCAUCCUUACCGGUUAG